AUGCUCUUCGUUGUCGGCGAUACAAGUUUAAUGCGGCAAAAACGUUUCUUGAUAUUUCCUCGUCAAGCACCCACCAGACAUCAGUUCAUUGGCGGCAUUGGUAUACCAGCCGACUUGGCCUAUGAAUCCCUGACAAUUGGUUAUGUCCUGAAGGCCAUGUAUUGGCUGCCGUUCAAUGAGACUCACUUUCGUGAAAAUCCCUAUUUCCCCGAAUACAAAGAUGGUUUUUAUAAUUUAAAUACCAGUGCAUAUAUAUCGCAGCGUAGCAGACGUUCUACCCUACGUUGGGAUAUUUAUGAUAUUUUGAGUGAACGUUUUGAUAGUUAUGGUUAUCGGGGUCAGGAAUGCGUAAUGAAGGCCAUAUGUGAGGCAAAUGCCUUAACAUUUGUAAGGCACUACGAUGUUUUCAGUGAACUGAUGCACAUACUCUUCAGCCCUUCUACAUCGCAUGACAUGGAAACCGAUUUAAGUCAAAAUUACUUGGAGGCUGAAAAACUAGGAUCCUCAAGCGGUGAUUGUACAAUAUACGAAUGCAAUUUUUCUAUAAUGGAAUUAAUAUCAAAAAUAUUUAAAAUAAAUUGA